UUGCAAAGCGCUGGGUGAGUUACAGUGUGAAUUGGACUCUGACUGAGUAAAAGUUCGCACGGGAUUUUCUUGUGGACAAUAGGACAGAUACAGUAAAACAUGGCAAACAAAGGACAGCAGGCUCCGUACCUUCACUUGGCAGAGCUGACCGCAUCCCAGUUCCUGGACAUCUGGAAACAUUUUGAUGCAGACGGAAAUGGCUACAUUGAGGGUACAGAGCUUGAGAACUUCAUUAGUGAGCUUGAGAGCGCACGGAGAGGGACAGGUGUGGACCCUUCAAAUGCAGCCUUUAGAGAUAAGAUGACAGAGUUCAUGCAGAAAUUCGACCAGAACAAAGAUGGGAGAAUUGAGAUGGCAGAGUUGGCUCAGAUCUUGCCCACAGAAGAGAACUUCCUCCUCUGCUUCAGACAGUUUGUAGGAUCCAGCACUGAGUUCAUGGCAGCCUGGAGGAAAUACGAUACAGACCGCAGUGGCUUUAUCGAGGCUAAUGAACUGAAGGGCUUCCUCUCUGACCUGCUUAAAAAGGCAAACAGACAAUAUGAUGAGCAGAAAUUGCAGGAAUACACACAAACAACACUCAAGAUGUUUGACCUGAAUGGUGAUGGAAAACUUGGUCUGUCUGAAAUGGCAAGGCUCCUGCCUGUUCAGGAAAAUUUCUUGUUGAAGUUCCAGGGUGUCAGGCUGACUGCUGAGCAGUUUAAUGCCAUCUUUGUGUACUAUGACAAGGAUGGAAAUGGCUAUAUUGAUGAACAGGAGCUGGAUGCUCUCCUGAAGGACCUUUAUUUGAAGAACAAUAAGGAUGUGGAUUCUAAGAGCCUGGCUGGUUAUAAGCAGAGCAUCAUGGCACUGUCGGAUGGAGGGAAACUGUACCGUUCCGAGCUGGAGAUUGUUCUGUGCCGGGAACCCAUUCUGUGAAUCGAGGCUUCCUGACCUCCAUUUCAGCUCUGUUCCAGCCGCCUGACUACUGUUAGCGUGUGCAUGUGCCGGGCACCCCGUCCCUUCUCUCGAUAUGAGUUCUGAAUGAGUGCACACAAAAGCACAAAAUCUCCUCUCUUAUCUCUUUUUCUUUUUUCCUUUCCACAACCCGUCGCCACUGCUAUCCUGUGCCUAAAAAAAACUAACCCAGCUAUACGAUGCCCUCUGCUCAAUUUUUAAACUAUAUAUUUAAAGACGAGUCUUUCGGAAAGAGUAGCGGACUAAUGGUCUGAUAUAUGAUUAGGUAUGUGAUACUGUAUAUUCGGAGUGCUUGGCUUCAAAUUCAUCUUCUGGUUUUUUCCUUCUGUUUGGUUUCCUCUUCAAUUUAAUUUUGUUAUUAUGUAUCAUUUUAUUUAUUCAUGCUUUUUUGUCUGAUUCUUUUUGAGGAUGUGAUUAAGAGGAUAAAUAAAAGUUAUGUGAUAAUAGA